CCUCCACCUCUGAACCAGGGGUCACAGAAGCGGUGGAGGUUGGGAGCGAGGAGAUGUUGUUUGAGCAACUUUCUUCUCUGGCCAAAGAGGUGGCGAGAGUGGAGUUGGUCAGGGAUUACGCCGGUGAGUGUGAAAUUAGUUUCCUCGGACCUUGUAUCCGUGCUUUGUUUGAUAUUUGAUAUUUCGGAUGAUUAAAAGCUGACAAUGAGAUCACUCCUAUGACAACUCUUAACGCUGUCAACUCUUUUCCUCGUAUACUUUUGUUUGUUUAGUUUAGCCAUAAUGUGUUGCGAAAUACUGAUGCACGAUCUACUGCUUGCUUAAGAAAUUUAGAUUGGAUAAUUUUAUUAGGCAUGUAGAAAAUGACGCUUACGAAUUUGAAACCGACCAAUGUUUUAUCAUGUCCAUUAUAUUGAUACGAUAUGAUGCCUUUACUUAGAAAUGUACUGUACUAACAUUUGAUACAAUGGGGCAUGGAUUGCUUAAAAUUGGAGCAGACUGGGUGUUGGUGAUAUAGGUUUUGGUGACUGGUUAAUAAUUGGUCUUGGUGGGUACAGAUUGCCAAUACAGUUGGGUAGGACGAUGAUAUCUGUUCUGGCACUCACACGAUUAAUCAACAACUGGGCUUGGCAACCCUAGAAAGGGAGUGUCAUUUUGAUUAGGAAUAAAUACUCCCCUGAACUUUUACCGAGUCCUUCUAGCACCCUGAACUAUUAAUCGGAUAUUUAGCUCCUGAACCUGUUAAUACGGUCCACUCAACCUCCUAAGCCCUUAUUUGGAUAGGCUGAAAUCACUGCCGCAUCCACAUGUCUGGCUGGAAUUUUGAAAUCUUGGCUCACACCUGUGGAUGGGCCAGGAUCGAGGCACACUUAAAAGAGGCCUAAGCUGUUUUGCAGGCGGGUUUGGCCACAUGGCAUGUUGAUUGGACGUAUUUGCUACAUCAUCUUGCUGAUUGGACCAUUGAUCAGAUAUGAGGAGGUAAAUUUAGCUCACCGUAAAUCUCCUUCCCAUCUCUUACUCAAUCAGUGGUCUAAUCAGCAAAGUGAUGCAGGAGAUACCUCCAACUAGCAUUCUACAUAGCCAAACCGCCUUGCAAAACUCUGGGUGUUACACAGAUAAAAUUAACAAGUUCUGGGGGCUUAAAUACCCAGAUUUAUUGUUCAGGGUGCUAGCCAGACUCUUGGACAAAGUUUAAAUCGGUAUUUGUGCUUUUUCAUUUUUAUUAUAUGGAUAGUUGUCCAAUUUAACUGGAAAUUAUGGGGAUACUAUUUUUUUUGAGAUAUUAUUUCAUAUAUGCCCUUUGUCUACAACUGCAAUUGCGAAUGUAGAAUCAAACUCCAACAAUAGUGCUGAAACCAGAACAUCCAUUUUGUUCUGCUACCUCACCCAUCCAAUAUGAGCAUGGGAUUAGGGUGGUUGGACAUAUUAACUAGAUUUAGUCUGUAAAAACUAAGUAAAUUCAAUAAAACUUUGAAUAAAGACAAAACAAUACCGAGGAUAAAAUAAUGAUCUGAUUAGAUUUGAAUGCUAGAGCUAGGCAAAUAUGAUGGAACAUGGAAAGUUCCAACAAACAAUUGAGGGUGUGAUUUAAUUUGUUACUAACAAAGCAAACAUCUGGCCACCUCAGAGUUUACUCUGGAAACACCUUGAUUAUUCUAAGCAUAUGGGUUUUCUCCUCUCCAGUGUUGUGCGAAAAUGCGAUGCAAGGAGUUUCAUAAGGUUGAUCUGCUGGUCAGAUGAAACGGCGCUAAAGCUUGACAGUUUUGUCGGCGACGUAGAAGAUGCUGUUUCAUCUUCUGUGACCGGAAAACUUAAAUCUCGUGCAGAAAGUUCACUGAAAACAUAUCAUGUUCCUAUUGGAUAUCUUAAAACAAUAGAAGAUAUUUUAUCUUCAGUCACAAAGACCAGACCACAAUGGACUCGCCUUGUUUCUGCAGUGGAUCACAGAGUUGACCGAUCUUUGGCUCUACUAAGACCACAAGCAAUUGUCGAUCAUCGAGCUCUUUUGGCAUCCCUUGGCUGGCCUCCAUCACUUUCUGGAACAAAUUUUUCUAGUAUUAAUUCUGGGAAACCAUCAGAGAUUGUGAACCCCUUAUUUUCAAUGAAGGGUGACCUGAAAAGCAAGUAUUCUGAGAGCUUUCUUUCGCUAUGCAGUUUGCAGGAAUUGCAAAAACGUAGAAAAGCUCGACAGCUAGAAGGGCACAUUGUCAACAAUCAACUACGUCAACCAUUAUGGGUAAUUGAAGAGUUAGUAAAUCCAAUAGCUGCUGCCGCACAACGCCAUUUCUCCAAAUGGGUUGAAAAGCCUGAGUUUGUUUUUGCUCUUGCUUAUAAGAUAACUAGAGACUUUGUAGAUUCCAUGGAUGAGAUAUUACAGCCCCUUGUGGAUAAAGCUAACCUUGUAGGGUAUAGUUGCAGAGAAGAGUGGAUUUCUGGAAUGGUCAUCACAUUGUCGACAUACUUGGUGAAAGAGAUAUUUCCUAAGCAUAUUGAACUUCUUCAGGAAAUUAGCUCGGCUGAUGCUAGCAGCAAACAAUCUCAAGCUAGAGUCUCAUGGCUUAAUCUUAUUGACCUGAUGAUAUCUUUCGACAAGCAAACCCAAGCUUUGAUCUCAAGUUCAGGACUCCUACUUUCGGUGAAGGAUGAUGAUAAUUGGCAGAGGAUCUCGGUUCUCUCCGUCUUCUGUGAUCGGCCAGACUGGCUUGAAAUAUGGGCAGAGAUUGAGAGACAGGAUACUCAUGAUAAGCUGAGAUUAUCAAUGGAGAAUGAGAAAAACUGGAAUACAAGGUUUCAAGGAACAGUGCUUGAAUAUGGUUCAGAUGACUAUAAGUCUCCAGCAAUUACCGGUGUAAUCCAAAAGGGCCUGUCCUUGCUAAUAGAUCGUGCUCGGCCCAUUCCAAAUAUAGCACUUAGAGCAGAAUUCAUUAAGAUUUCUACUUCACCUUUAUUAUCAGAGUUCCUUGGCUGGAUGCUUCAAAGGUGCCAAGAAGCAGAGGGAUUAACAGCUCUGGCAGAUGAUAAUGCUCUUCUCAAGGUAUCACAGUCCAUUAAUGCAGCUCGAUACCUUGAGUCCACAUUGACAGAAUGGUGCAAUGAUGUAUUCUUUCUUGAGAUGGAAAAUAUAGAUGGCCGUAGCGAAUGUAUCUUCCAAGUGGAGAUAAAUCAACUGAAAGAUUUUAGAGUACAAUGGACUGAAAAGAUUUCUACCGUCAUUUUAAGGGAUUUUGAUGCCCGGUCAAGGGAUUAUCUGAAAAAUAAAAGGCAGUGGCAGGAGAAAUCAGAAGGGUUAACAUUAUCCAGGGCAUUCGUAGAAUGUUUAGACUACAUGCAAGGACGGAUAGCUAAGCUGGAAGAUGGUCUAAAUGUCCUGGAUUUUGUGACUGUGUGGAGAACUGUGGCAAGUGGAGUAGACCAGCUGCUCUUUUCUGGAAUUUUCAGUGGCAGCACAAAGUUUAGUAAUGGCGGGGUGGAAAGACUUCAUGGUGAUCUGAGUAUAUUGUUUGCUGCUUUUUCUGCGUGGUGUAUGAGGCCUGAAGGCUUCUUUCCAAGACUGUCUGAGGGAUUGAAGUUAUUGGAUAUUGAUGAGAAGCAGCUAAGAGAUGGAGCUUGUACAGAUAACAAUCGGCUGAGGGAGUAUGGUAUAAGGCGUUUGACGGCUGCUGAGGUUGAGAAGAUAAUAAAAAACAGAAUCUAUGAGUCGUAAUAUAUAUAAGGACUAAGGAAUAACAGAUAGCAGGGUUGAAGUUCGAAAUGAGUUGUGAAAAACCAUGAUCACUUCGUACGGUUUUAUUUCAUACAAAUUUUAUUACUGUGCUAGUUUUUUUCUCGUUGAUUGCUACAAUUAGGGUAUACCAGCAAGAAAUGCGUUGAGGCGGUUUGAUUUGAAAUUCCAAGGGGUACUCUCCUAUCCUUUUAAACUGAGAAAGAAAAAAUAGCCACUUCGUGCAAGAAUUUAA